GUUGAUCACCUGACUUAGCCUCACAUGUUCUAGUAUAUAAUGGUUCUAGUCCACAGCAGCUGCAGCUGACCAACUAAAAGACGUUUUAACGACUAAAGACUAAACUUUUUCCUGUUGCCAAAGAACCGACAGUGAACAUGAGGCUGUGGAGGGAAACUUUGGGUUUCCUGUUACUGUGGGCCUGUCUGGAAUCUGCACACUCACGGAGCUGCUCCUCGUUUUUCUGCCGAAAAUCUCACCGUGUGAGCGGCCUGAAUGGAGCGGACCCCGGGUCUCCUCUCUUUCUCACUCCGUACCUGGAGAAGGGCGCCAUAGAUGAAGCCAGGAAACUGAGUCUGGUAGGAGAUAUGCCAGGUGCCAAUGUCAAGAGUUAUGCCGGAUACCUCACUGUCAACAAGAAAUACAACAGCAACCUCUUCUUUUGGUUCUUCCCCGCACUGAUGGCAAACCGAGAUAAAGCUCCGGUCCUCCUCUGGCUGCAAGGCGGACCCGGUGGCACCUCCAUGUUCGGUCUCUUUGUGGAACAUGGACCAUAUGUGGUGUAUAAGAACUUGACCGUUGGUUUGAGGGAUUACGCUUGGACAUCGAGAUAUUCGGUUUUGUACAUUGACAAUCCGGUUGGAACGGGUUUCAGCUUCACUGAUGAUGACCGAGGUUUUGCUCAGAACCAGGAUGAUGUUGGCAGAGAUCUGUACAGUGCUUUAACACAGUUCUUCCAGCUCUUUCCUGAGUAUCAGUCCAAUGACUUCUAUGCAACUGGAGAGUCUUAUGCAGGGAAGUAUGUUCCUGCCAUUUCGUACUACAUCCAUAAAAACAACCCCACUGCCAAAGUGAAAAUUAACUUCAUGGGGAUGGCUAUUGGUGAUGGGCUCUGUGAUCCAGAACUGAUGCUGGGUGGUUAUGGUGAGUUCCUGUACCAAACCGGCAUGAUAGAUGAACUCCAAAAACAGUAUGUCGUCCAGCAGACAGACUUGGGGGUUAAACUCAUUCAGCACCAGAAGUGGGUGGAGGCCUUUCAGGUUUUUGAUAGUUUGCUGAAUGGUGACGUGGAACCAUAUCCCUCUUUCUUUCAAAAUGCUACUGGCUGCACCAACUACUUCAACUACAUGACAUGCCAGGAGCCUGAAGACCAGGAGUACUUCUCCCAGUUUGUGACUCUGCCGGCGGUGCGACGUGCCAUCCACGUGGGGAAUUUGACGUUCCACGACGGCUCAGAGGUGGAGAAGCACCUUCUACAGGAUGUCAUGAAGAGCAUCAAACCGUGGCUCGGGGUGCUGAUGGACAACUAUAGGGUCUUAAUCUACAGCGGUCAGCUGGAUGUAAUUGUAGCAGCUCCACUGACUGAGAGGUUCCUGCCUACUGUCAACUGGACCGGAGCAGCUGAGUACAAAACAGCCCCUCGCUUCCACUGGAAGCUUCAGCCCGGCGACACAGAGGUGGCAGGUUACGUGAGACAAGUGGGAGAGUUUUACCAGGUCAUCAUCCGAGGAGGAGGACACAUUCUGCCUUACGACCAACCGGCGAGGUCCUUUGACAUGAUUGACAGAUUCCUUUCAACGCAGGGCUGGAAAUGAAACACAGCUGAUCAAAGCACCUCCUCUUUUAAAUAGCAUCUUUUUAAUUAUUGGCUGUUGAUUUUAAAGACUGUUGUAAAUCAGCACGUUGUUGGAUUUGCACACAUCUCUAGGUGACAUUAGGUGGAGGACUUUGAACUGCUCUCUGAUGCACUGCAAAAUGAAAAAAAAAGAAGUAAAUUUUGCCUGAAUCCCAGCCCACAUCAUCAAAUGGUACAAAUUAAGUAAAAAUGACAUUUUAAUCUGAUUAACAGGACUGCUUUCCAUGAAAACAUUUCAUGUUUAUUUCUGUUUUGAUUGUGUGAGAAAAAUAUCUUUCAUGUUGCAUUCAAUCGGAAAAUGCAGGAUGAUGAAAUACAAGAAAACACCUUGACACCAGUGUGGAAUUAUCUUGAAAUAAAAUGUUUUGUUUUUCUGUUUUAAUGAUCAGAGAAAAGGAAUGAAUUUAGCAUCUGACAGUGUUUUUUAAAAAAAAAAAUUUAAUUGACUUCUGUUGCAGUACAGAUAUGGCAGCACCUGUUGUUGAAAAGGGAUUUCUCCUGUCAAGUACGGUUUGAUUAAUCUUCAAACUGUCCACCAGGGGUCCCUGUGUGUAAAGAAAUGUCACUGGAAAGCCAAACAAUAUCACUAGCACUCAUUCAAUGUAUUUUUUAAAAGGUAAUACCGUUACAUUCCUGAUUAUCUGAAGUUAGGUCCUAAAAACUAUUAAAUUACUCUAUCUCUGAAAAAUGGGGGCAUAUUGCAACAAUACACA